CUCUGGUAAGAAAGUCCAAUACCCUUUUUUUCAUUCCUGUAUAUGGGUAACUGAGGUUUUCUCUUUUCUUUGUUUUUAUUAUUUUUUGAAUUAAAUAUGAAUUCAAGAGAUCGGAUUUUCCCUGAUGAAGUUAUUCUUCAAAUACUUGCAAGAUUGCCUGUUAAGUCACUGUUUAGAGCUAAAACUGUAUGCAAACUCUGGUAUAGAAUAUCAUCAGAUAAGUAUUUUAUCCAACUUUACAAUGAAACAGCUGCUAAGACCCCAGUGGUGUUGUUAGAGAUUUCAGAUUCUUCUGAGUCAAAAUCUAGCUUAAUUUGUAUUGAUAAUUUAAGGGGUGUCUCUGAAUUCUCCUUAGAUUUCUUGAAAGACAGAGUGAAAGUUAGGGCCUCGAGUAAUGGCCUUUUGUGCUGCUCUAGUAUCCCUGAUAAGGGUGUUUACUAUGUUUGCAAUCCAAUGACUAGAGAAUCUAAGUUGCUUCCUAAGAGUAGAGAAAGGCCUGUGACUAGGUUUUAUCCUGAUGGUGAGGCCACUCUAGUUGGUUUGGCUUGCAAUUUAUCAAUGCAAAAGUUUAAUGUUGUUUUAGCCGGUUAUCAUCGAACAUUUGGUCAUAGGCCAGAUGGGACAUUUUUAUGUUUGGUAUUUGAUUCAGAUUUGAAUAAAUGGAGGAAGUUUGUUUCUUUUCAAGAUGAUCAUUUUACCCAUAUGAAUAGGAACCAGGUUGUGUUUGUCAAUGGUGCACUCCAUUGGUUAACUGGAAGUUUUUCAUGUAUUCUUGCACUUGAUCUGGAUUGUGAUGUUUGGAGGAAGAUCUCAUUGCCAGAUGAAUUGAGUUCUGGUGCUGGAAAUAGGGUGUAUUUGUUGGAGUCAGAUGGGUGUUUAUCUGUAAUACAGAUUUCAGAGGCAUGGAUGAAAAUAUGGGUGAUGAAGGACUAUAAGUGUGAACUGUGGCAUGAGGUGGAUAGGGUGAGCUUGAGAUGCAUUCGGGGAAUGGUGCCUGGUAUUUUCCCGAUAAGUCAGACAGGUGAAUGUGUUUUCCUGGCAACUUAUAAGCAGGUUUUGGUGUAUCAUCGGAGGAGUAGGGUGUGGAAAGAGAUGUUUUCAGUGAAGAACAGUUCUGCAUUGCCAUUGUGGUUCUCAGCACAUGCAUUUCGGAGCACAUUAUUCUCAUGUAAUUAAAUUGUGGUCAGCACCUGACAAGAUUCCUGUACAGAAAUUUAUUGGUGCUACUUAUUUGAACUGUUAUUUAUUAAUCUUCAUGAUUUUUCAAUAUGCAAUUGUUAUGCUGUUAUAGUGGCCUUGGUUUGGAUCUAUUACAUUUUAUGAAUAAUUAGCAAGGCAAGUUUGCUAA